AUGGAUAUGUUCAUUGACAGUUUCCAUCCAUUUUCGCUAGUUGAGGAAAGAUCUUUUAAAAAAUUAUUGCGCUGGAUUCCAGGAUAUGUUCCUCCAUCAAGGAAAACCGUUUCCGGAUCUAUGCUGGAGGAAAAAUAUCAUAAUGUAGUUGAAGGUGUAAAACAGAAAAUUUUAGAAGCGGAAACUCUUUGCAUAACCCUAGAUAUUUGGACAUCCAGGGCUACAGAGUCGUAUGUGGCUGUUACAGGGACACAUACAUCGUUCGGAUGCUGUCAAUUUGAAGGGACACAUACAUCUGAGAAUAUAGCAAAAGAAAUACAGAGAUUGCUCACUGAGUGGAAUUUGCAGCAAAAAGUUAAUUUUGCCAUAAGCGAUAACGCUUACAAUAUGAAAAAGGCAAUAAAAAAUAUUUUGGGAUUAAAGCAUCACGGGUGUUAUGCACAUACAAUAAAUUUAAUAGUGAAUGAUGGACUAAAAUUAAUUAAAAGUGAAAUUGACGUUGUUAAAAAAAUAGUGAGUUAUUUUAGAAGAAGUGUUACUGCUUCUGAAAAGCUUCAGAAGAAUCAACUACAAAUAUACGGACAAACCAAAAAAUUACUCCAAGACAUUGAUACAAGAUGGAAUUCAACUUUUUAUAUGGUUCAACGAUUUGUGGAACUAGAAGAUGCUAUUAAAAUGACUAUGAGUGUAUUAGAAACAAACUUAGCACCAGUAACACCAGAAAUGUGGAAAAUAUUAAAACAAUUAUGCUUAAUAUUGAAACCAUUCGAAAAUAUAACUAAUUCUAUAAGUGGUGAGAGCUAUUUAACGGGAAGCUUAGUGAUCGUUCUAACAAGAUGCUUGAAUGAGUCUUGCUCAAAAAUCUUGCUUAGAAAAGACUUGCUGUCUAUUAUUAGAAAAAUAACUGAAGUACUUAAAUCAAGCAUUAAUGAUAGAUUUUCAAAUGUUGAGAGGAGUGAAACAUUUGGAAUAUCUACAUUAAUGGAUCCAAGAUUUAAGUUACAGGGAUUUUCUAAUAUAGAAAAUGCAAACUUUAUUAAGGGGCACCUACAGCAAAUUGUGGUAAAUAUCAUCGAAGAAACACUAAUUGCUGAGUUUGAGGUUUUACCAGAACCAUCAAUUGAGGACACCGAUGAAUAUAACCCAUGGUUUAUUCUAAGCAGUUUGGUAGGAACGUCAUCACGUCAAUCGACUCCCAUGGGUACAGCCAUCAAAGAGAUUGACAUGUAUCUUGCUGAUGAUGUACUACCAAUGAAAUCAGCAGAUGGCACAUUCAACUGCCCAAUGGAAUGGUGGAACAAACAUAAGCAUGCAUAUCCAAACCUAGCAAAGCAACUGAAAACACAAGUGACAUCUGUUGAGGAGAAAGUUAAAACGCUUGAAGAACAGUUCGUAAGUGCAGAUGACAAGUACGCCGAAUUCAACGAUCGUAAGAGACGCGAAAAGAACGUAGUAGUUCAACGUAGUAGAGUCGAAUAA